CCCAAGGAGGAUGGUUGAGCCUAAUUGUUUUGUUUCUAGUAGCUAUCCUCUGUUGGUACACAGGACUUCUUCUCCGACGUUGUAUGGAUUCAAGCAUGCGCAUCAAAACUUAUCGUGACAUAGUUGAGUUUCUGAUACUUGAAGGUGAUAAUCUUCAUAAGAUGUUUCCCAACAUGGAGUUCAAAUUUGCAGGGUUGAAAAUUGGAGGAAAACAAGGCUUUCGGGGUGGAGUUCUAGCUUCUAUUGUUCUUGUCGUUUGUGUGUUGUGGGUUGGAGCAGUUGAUGGAGUAGGUUUCCAUGGCGGAGAUAUGUUUUUAAAUUGGAGAGGAAUGCCCACUACGAUAAGCAUGUUUGCCUUUUGUUAUUGCAGGCAUGCAGUUUUCCCCACCCUCUACAACUCCAUGAAGGAUAGAAGCAAGUUCUCCAUGGUUUUGCUUAUUUGCUUCAUCACAAGCACAAUCACCUACGCAUCAAUGGCUGUUCUUGGCUAACUAAUGUAUGGAGAACAUUUAAACGCUCAAGUGACCCUAAAUCUUCGAGUUAAAAAAAUUUCUACAAAAAUGGCAAUUUAUACUACACUAAUCAAUCCGCUUACAAAGU